AUGCUUGCGUCGCUUAUGAGCCCGCUAGCCAUCGCUAGUAUGGCUUUGGCGCAUAUUGCUACGGUUUCUCAGCCAUCUCUGUCGGAUAUCCAGGCCGCUCAGCAUACCACCUUUCCCCGCCAGACGACAUCUGAUGUCAAGGGUGGUGUGGCUUUCGACCGCUUCUACCAAGUGUGGUUGGAGAAUAUCGACUAUGAAGACUCUGAAAAGGACGAGGAUAUGAAGUGGUUCGCGUCUCAGGGCAUCCUUCUAACUGAAUUCUACGCUGUCACUCACCCGUCGGAGCCCAAUUACUGUGCUGCUGUUAGUGGUGACACUUUUGGCAUGGAUAACGAUAACUUCAACCAAAUUCCAAACAAUGUUUCCACCAUUGCUGAUCUCCUGCAUACCAAGAAGAUUUCUUGGGCCGAGUAUCAAGAGCACAUUCCGUACGCUGGCUUCCAGGGCUACAACUAUCCGAACCAGAAGACCGGUGCUCCUGAUUAUGUGCGCAAGCAUAAUCCUCUGGUCCUUUUCGACUCAGUUGUGGAAGACGAAGGCCUCGCGGCUCAGAUCAAGUCCUUUGAUGACUUUUCUCAUGACCUGAAAGCCAAGGAACUACCUCAGUGGGCCUUCAUUACCCCCAACAUGACCAACGAUGCGCACGACACCAACAUCUCCUUCGGUGGUAACUGGGAACGUCAUUGGAUGAGUGGUCUGCUGAAGAAUGACUAUUUCACGAAAGAUACCUUGAUUCUGUUGACAUUUGACGAGGAGAAUACCUACAACAAGACGAAUCGUAUCUACAGCGUAUUGGUUGGUGGUGCUGUUCCUGAGCACUUGAAGGGAACCAAGGACGAUACUUUCUACACCCACUACUCCUCCAUUGCCACCGUGUCAGCCAACUGGGGUCUUCCUUCCCUGGGUCGCUGGGACUGCGGCGCAAAUAUCUUCCAGAUCGUGGCCAACAAGACUGGUUACCAGAAUGCCGUGGUCCACACCGACAAACUGCGCGUGAACCAGACAUACCCCGGCCCCCUGUCUGACGGAUCUUACUCAAAGCACCAGGCCGAGUGGCCCAUCCCACUUACCAAGGGCAACUGCUCGGCUGGCUAUGGUAUCCUCGAGGACGUCAGGAAGUAUUAUUGGGGCCUGGCGCCUACCUACAACUACACCUUCCCGUACCCAUGGGAUUCCAAGUCCGACUACAAUACCGAUGUCUUUGUCUAUCGCAACGCGACUGACCCCAAGAGUGCACUCAAUGGCACUUCGACCGAAGCUGCGUCAGGCUCUAAGACUCACAAGGGUUCUGCGAUGGCUCUGAGUGUCCCCAGCUCCCUUGCUCUACGAGUUAUCUUUGUGAGCUUCUUAGUCUAUCUUUUCUAA